AAUCAUUCAGUGUGAAAGAAUGUCUGAUUAGAUAAGCACAAGCGUUCAAGCUCUGCUGAACAGGCGGCAUCCAAUACAAGCUAAGAGGCGGCAUCUCAAGUCUGCUGUGGUCGUGAAUUCAAUUUGAGAAUAUUAACUCUCGUCUCUCUACUGAAGAAAGUCAAUUAUCGCGAGAAAACGUGAGCUAACGAUAAGUUUUGCAUUUACUGACGAUAACAUACUGAUUUACCUAAUGAAUGUUGAUAAAUUUGAACUAACAUUGCCAUAGUUCAACGUGUAUUGACUACUAGUGGGUUUCUUUGAUCAGUCAAUCCAAGACGUAAGUGACAGGGAGACAUUGCGUCAAUGGCUGAGGCUGGCUUCCGCCAAGCGUCAAGAACCGAGUCAACUAUCUUGACGACGUCAAUUUGGAACGAUGUUCAUACGUUGUCUCGUGGGAUCAAGCCCAUUGAUCUAGGAGUUGGCUUUCCAAAUUUCGACAUCCCGGCAAAGGUUCGUCAAGAUUUGAUCGAUGUCAGCGAAGAAAGCGACUACUCCGUGCAUCAGUACGCCAAAGGCUUCGGCCAUGCUCGCCUCACGACGGCUCUGUGUGAGCUGUACGGGCCGCUGUUGGGUCAGGAGCAGCUGAACUCCGCGCGCAAUGUCAUGAUCACCUCAGGCGCUUCUGAGGCACUCUUCGUCAGCUUCAUGGGUCUGAUCAACCCUGGCGAUGAAGUGAUUCUCAUCGAGCCAUUUUACGACGCAUACCUGGCGCAGGUGCUGCUGGCGGCGGGAACGCCGGUGUUCGUGCCGCUCAGACCCAGCUCAGACCGCAGCAACUCCUCGGCCGACUGGACGCUGGACGCAGCCGAGCUGGAGGCCGCCUUCUCGCCCAAGACGAAAGUCCUCGUUCUGAAUACCCCCAACAACCCUACCGGAAAGGUCUUCAGCCGCCCCGAGUUGGAAAUGAUUGCCGGUCUGUGCAGAGAACGCGGAGUGGCCGUCAUCAGUGACGAAGUCUAUGAAUGGAUUGUUCAUGACGAGCUCAGCCACGUCCGCAUUGCCUCCCUGCCGGGCAUGUGGGAACGCACCAUCACCAUCGGCUCAGCGGGUAAGGUCUUCUCAGCGACAGGCUGGAGGAUUGGCUGGGCUAUUGCACCUGCUGAGCUCCUCAAUGGACCAAGAUAUGUACUCCAACUAUCUGGCUAUAUCGUCUGCACGCCUAUACAAGAAGCUUUAGCGCGCAGCUUCGAGCGCGAGACCGCACUGCUCAGGCAACAGUCGCCAGAGUGUCACUUCAAGUCAAUGCAGCGCAAGUGUCAGCAGAAACGAAAUCAAUUAGCGGCCGCCCUGAAGAGCGUUGGUCUCCACCCCAUCGUGCCUGAGGGAGGGUAUUUCAUGCUCGCAGACAUACGGGAGAUAAUGGCUAAACUCGAUCUGUGCAGUGACUCUAGCGAAGUUAAAGACGUCCGCUUCAUGAAAUGGCUUCUGCAGCAGCACGGGCUGCUCGCUAUCCCGCCCUCCCACUUCUACUCCGCACAACACAGGAGCAUUGGAGAGAACUACAUUAGGUUCUGCUUCUUCAAGGACGAUGCAACUUUGGAUCAAGCUAUUAAAGUUCUGCAGAAGAUGGCCCAGGAAACUUUUUGAAACUACGAACGUCUCCUUUAAUUCCGAAAUACAUUCUUAGUGCGCCAAUGAGAAAACAUACUUGUUUUCUUGCUCAAUAUUUUUACCGAUAUGUUCUGGCAACGAUUACCGCAGGCAAAUGCAGAUCCUGAUUUACAGUAGAAUAAAUGACAGCAUAUAUUUAUGAAUGACACAGCAAUUAUUUUUAAGCACAUUAUUUAAAGUUAGGUAUAUUUCACUCGAAGUUUUCGGUGUUAAUUGCAACAAAGACUCAAUUAUUUGGUAUAUUCUAAGUUUUAUUGUUAUCUGUUGUUUAUUUCAGAAAUUAAUUUAAUAAAUAUCUCACGAUUAA